CCAAUGAAAAAACAGUAAAGCCACGUCUCCUUCCUACUUUAACCAUCUAUAAAUUUCAAUCUCUACCCGCAUAGUCCAAAGCUUCGCAUUUCCUCACAAAAAUAUGGCCUUUUACGCUCGCCUUCUCUGUUUUCUCCUUCUACUAGCCGUCUCAACCGUCGAUGUUUCUGCCGACGAUGAUUGCGUGUACACGGUGUACAUAAGGACCGGGUCGAUCAUCAAAGGAGGAACAGACUCCAUCAUCAGUGUUAGGCUCUACGACGUCUACGGCGAGUACGUGGAGAUCCGGAAUCUGGAGUCCUGGGGCGGCCUGAUGGGGCCUGACUACAACUACUUCGAGAGGGGCAAUCUCGACAUUUUCAGCGGGAGAGGACCCUGCCUGACCGCUCCAGUCUGCGCUUUGAACUUGACCUCUGAUGGAAGCGGACCGCAUCACGGCUGGUACUGUAACUACGUUGAGGUGACUACCACUGGCGUCCACACGCCUUGCUCGCAGCAGCAGUUCACGGUGGAGCAGUGGCUCGCCAUUGAUACGGCGCCGUAUGAGUUAACGACCAUCAGGAACCAUUGUCCGUCGGAUCUCGGUGAUCUUAAAGGUCUCGAUGGAGUCAAACUCAAAUCUGCUGUCAUGUGAGGCGUUCCGCUUUUGUAUUGUAUAAUAAUUAUCGGAGAUGAUUAUCGAUUAACAGAGAUUGUUCUGUUUUGUUUUGGUGUGUGUGGGUGGGUGUGUGUUUUGGUCUUAACCUUGUGUAUGGUAAGGUGUGCUUAAUUAAGAAGUGUCCAAUUUGGUGGCCGAGUGAUGUGGUUAACUUGUCGGUACUCUCUUCAAUGCUCAUUAAUGGAACUGAUCAGAGGCAAGGAACCGUAUUAAUUAA